CUCCGGGACUCCGUCGACGUCAUUCCGAGAGAUCCAUUAUUUAUGUUCGUGUUACGUAAUCGGAACGUAAAAGCCGCGGACUGCUACACGCACGAGCGACGCAGCUCGAACGUUGCACCGGCACUUAUUUAAUCGACGGAAUUGGUGGCCAUUCGAGGGUCGUCUGGCUUGUCUCGCGUGCUCCAAUUCGCGCGUCGUUCGCCCUCGAAAAGCGCAAAAUGUUACUCGAAUAACAGAUGACACAUGAAAACAACGCAGUGACCUUUCAACCGUGUACUUUCGAUCGAACUGUCACGCUAUUCUUCCGCCACGAAAUGUAAUUUCAUUCUGCGAUUCGUACUCCUACCUGUAUUUAACGCGUAACGAACGGAGGGCUGUACUUAUACAUAACUUUACGGAUCAGUUACUGUUCUUUCAUCGCGAUUCGUCCUAUGAUGUCGUUCUAUGAUUGAAAUUCGUGUAUUCAUAGAUCGGUAUUUGUUUUUACAACGUGGUAUGUAAUUCCAUUUCGCAAUUCAACGUAACCACGCAAAAGCGCAAAAACAUCUCGGUGAAGUUCCGCGAAGUUACUUCCACGGAUACUUGUCGUUCCCAAAUUCUGAAUUCGGAAAUCAAAUAAUUCUCAGGUACACGAAUAAUACAGAGAAAUAAUUCUGAAAUGCGUGAAACUGAAAUCGAGGGGAGAUAGUGGUGACGGAUAUCUGAUAAAAGGUCGCGUAUCUUUUAUCGGUGGUGGGAAAAGUUCAUCUAGAUAAGAAUUUUGGCCAUCUCUGGUUCGCCCACGCUCGAUAGGCGAACAGAGAAGUCGCUCGAUGUCCUGGCUGACCGCGAACGCCGCGCUCGCGUCGCGACGGCACCGCGGGGAGAGGGACACGCUCGCGACGGAAUGGUAUCGCGCACGUGAAACGUGGACAGCAAUAGUCGAGUGGUGCGGGUGCUCGUCAGGUGCGACGAGGAACGUGAUAUCGGCGACGAUUCGAUCAUGCGAAAAACGAAGAAACGUUCGCGUUUCGUCGAGUGCGUUUGCCGACGGCCGAGCCUGGUGUUGUUGCUGUUGCCGGCCGGUCUCCUGGCGAGCCUUUACGUCGCUUCAACCGAGGAAGGUUACGAGUUCGAGCCACGCUACCCCUCUCUCUACGGGGCGUACAACGUCACGGAGGGAUUGGUGGACGGGUACCUGGUAUGGAAUCCGAGAUGCCAGAUGCUGUCGAAGGAGCCGCUGGACGCGGCGAUUCGCUCCUACGUGAAGAAGGAGAAAUUCGAAAAUUGCUCGAACGAUAUUUAUUUGACGAGUCUUGUUCGGGAGGAGAAUGGCAGCAUGGUACUGUUCGUCGAUCCAGCGGCCACUGCGCUUCAUCCUGGCCUAGAGUGCUGCUGGUCAGCCAUUCUCCGACCAGAGAAGCGGCUAAAGUCUGGCAAAGACAAGGACGUAGAGUUGUCGGUUGUGGUGAAGGAAUGCCAAAAAUUUGACGGUCAGACGAUCGUUCCCGGUAACAUUGAAGCAGCGUUGGUCACUUGCAACUCUAAAACAAAGAAUCAAGCGUCUUCCGCCAGCGGGAAACCCAUCUACAAGAACGUUCACCCGGUCCUAAGUACCGACAAGGUCCGCGAACGCUGGCGUCGCAACGAUAGCCAACCAACGCCGCCCAUCCAACUUUCGCGCAAGCUCAGCGUUCUCUUGCUCGGUAUCGACAGUGUCAGUCGACUGAAUUUUCUGCGUAGCGCGCCAUCUGCCGAUAAAUAUCUGCGCGAGACUGGCUGGGUUCGCUUGGACGGAUACAACAAAAUGGCGGACAAUACCUUCCCGAAUCUGAUGGCGAUACUGACCGGUCAAAAUCAAACCGAGGCCUACGCGAUAUGCAAGCCAACCGUUCCCUACAAACUUGACCAGUGCCCCUUUCUUUGGCAUAACUUUCGCAACGCCGGAUACGUCACGGCCUAUGGCGAGGACGAGACCACUCUGAGCACCUUCAACUAUCUCAAAGUCGGUUUCAUGGAUCCGCCAACUGACUACUACCUGCGGCCGUACAUACUGGCCUGCGAGAAGCUGCUCAAGGUGAAGAAGAGAUUCGGCCUCAAGUACUGCACCGGUCCCGAAACCAGCUUCGACAGAAUCCUGGACUACGCGUUGGAGUUUGCCCGCAGCUUCCUGGGGCUACCGUACUUUGGCCUGUUCUGGACAACUAGCAUCAGUCACGAAAAUGCGAACGGUUUGUCGUCGAUGGAUAGCCGGCUGCUGAGCAAACUGAAAUACCUGGAACGCGAGGGUGUGCUGAACGACUCGAUGGUCGUGUUUCUCAGCGACCACGGAAUGCGUUGGGGUCCGAUCAGGAACACGCUCGUAGGUUGGUACGAGGAAAGGCUUCCGUUCAUUUACAUUUGGCUACCGGAAUGGUUUCGCCUGGAGCGCCCUGACGCAUAUGCGUCGUUACGCGCCAAUGCUCGUCGACUCACCUCGCCAUUUGACCUUUACGAGACGCUACGCGACGUGGUGGGUCUGUCGGGUGGCAAGGCAAAUCCGUCGUCUGCGUGUCCGGACUGCCAUAGCCUCUUGGGACCCAGGCCCGUGCCUCUUCAGAGAGGGUGUUCGGACGCUGGGAUUUCUUCUCAUUGGUGUGCCUGCACUGCGUUCAAACCAGCGGAUCCACGCGAUCCAAUCGUCGAGAACGGCGCGAAAGCCUUCCUCGAGCACACGGAGAGCCAUCUAACCGGGUACAAGGACAAGAAAGGCCACCGUCUCUGCUCUAAAUUACGCCUAAAGAAGAUUCAUCACGUGGACCGUGCCAUCGACUUUGCUAAUUCAACGGACUUAGUGUUCUUUUAUAUGUUGCAAGUCACCCCUGGAGAUGCCAAGUUCGAGGUGACGGUUAGAUACCACGAGAACGAGACUUACACGGUCUCCGAUCACGAAGUGAGCAGAAUCAACCCAUACGCCUCCGGGGCUAAGUGCCUCGACCACGGAAUGAAACAAUAUUGUCAUUGCGUCAGAUAGGACAGAUGUCCGGCCUACUCAUGGCCUGCUAACGAAGUAUCUAUUUUAUUUGGGUACCUCGAGUAAAAGUCAAUUGUGUUGUCUGUUCGGUCGUGGAGGGAUAAUCUGACUGCGUCUGGAGCUUUGAGUUUGCCUUGGUGCUGUGUAUUGCUUGCUAACUCUACGUUGGACGCGUGAUCACUUCUCACGCGUUAAGGUGUAUAGACCACAAUCUUCGUUCGCUAUAUAUGCGUUAUAGUAUUUUGUGUUUUCUGGUGAGGCAGCGCUACCGAACUGUAGUCCACGCGACCACUGGAAGACCUGUUACACCUAAAAGAGUCUGUGACAGGCCAUUGUUUAUAAUUUUGUUUUGAUUUGAUUUUGUUUAAGCGAUUAAACUUACGAAAGUUUGACCAACUCUUAUGAAAAGUUCAGAACAUUUUUACACACAUCAUUCAAAAGUAAUUGGAUGUAUCGUUUAUAUAAGGAAAUGUUUGUAAAGGAUUAUAAUAUGACCAUCGAUGUACCGAUCUUAUAAUUAACCCAUUGGCCUACAACCACGAGUGAGACUCGUGGUAAGGAAUUUAAUUCAUAAACAAUAAGCACGUGUCCGACUCGUGGUGCUUCGUUCGAACUUCCUAUCUUUUUGUUUAGUAUGGUCUGAGGAAUCGGGAAAUAGCGUGUAGGUCAAGGAGUUAACGUACCGAUUUACAGUACCAGAUGAUUUUCCAAUAUAUUCAACUAAAAUCAAAAGCAAAAGCAAUGCGUAAAGUGCAAAGGAAAUCAAGGACUAAUCCUUGUCAUAGUCGUUUUUCUGAAAAAUUAAUUUUUAACCAAAUUGCAGCCAUUCGAAGAUGAAAUAACGAUUUUUCGAGCAAAGAUUGCUUAUGUUCCGGCGACUAAAAGAAAACUGUAGCCCAAAACAAAAACUUCUAUUAUAAGGACUGCGUGAUGCGACCUAUAAUAACUAGUCUUCCUUGCGACCCGCCCGCGUCUUUGUUAUACGCUACUGUGAGUAGUCUCCCGCGCAUUCAACUUGCGCACCACGCGUCGCCUAUUUCCUAACCGACGCAACAGUGCUGGCACAGUAUAAGUACAACCAGUAGCGUCACUUGGCAAAAGCAGCGUCCGCAAAUGUGCAUACCAAGAACAUGGCGACGACGCUGUUUCGUAUAUUGUACACUAGAUGGUACUAAUAGUAACUGACACCACGCGCAGCGUCACACGUCGCACAAUGGGAUAUUUCACCAAUCUAGCUGGCGAAAAGAAAAGGAGUCCCCAGGUUUAUAUGAAAUUUCGUAUACAAGGGUUUUUGGAGUCGUAGAUAACGAAUCUGAUAUAAAAGAACAAAAAAUCAAAAUGGCGGAUCUAAUAUGGCCGACUUGUAUACUGAGAAGUUAGUAGAUUUGCAUGAAAUUUCGUAUAGAGGGGUUUUUGGAGACGUAGAUUACAAAUCUGAUAUUUAAAAAAUCAAGAACUCAAUAUAAAUUAAAUUUAAUAAAAAACAAAGACAUAUAUUUUGGUAUUAAAAAAUUAAAAAAUGUACAUAUAUAUUAAUGUCUGUAAAUGAGUCACCAGUCCUCAUCAGACGAAACUUCAUUUUUAUCCAACAGCUGCAGAUUAUCGUCUGAUGAUGAAUUCGAUAGGAUACAGAAGCAAAAGUUUAUCAAGUUUUAUUGAGGAAUUAGAGUUUAUUGGAAACUAAAUAAACUGUAGCAUGAAACUUGUUUAUAUCAAAUUUGUAAUCAGCAACUCCAAAAACUCUUGUAUACGAAAUUUCAUGCAAAUCUGGAAACUCCUUAGUUUGGCCAACUAGAUUAGUGAAAUACCCACAUUACCUUCUGUUACUUUACACUAGUUUAUAACUAAGCCAAUUUUUAAUAAAAUCACGCUUUUUCGCGGCUGUUUUUUGCACUAAUAGGUUAGUAUAAACACUAAGUUUUAUGUUUGAGAUAAAAUAAUUACCGGGACCAACCCUGAAGUAGACUAAACUCCUUCUUGUUGUUUAAAAUUAAAAUCAAAGUAAGAGUAAAAAGGCUAUUUUUAAAGCCUUUUUUAUAUAAAUUAAAAGAUACAAAUAAAAAAUAAAACGGUUAAAUUAAUAGAUACUUACCACCUUUAACACAAUCCAUAACUCAUUAUGGUCAAAUAUUCGCACAAACAAAAAUGUUCUCUUCUGAAAUACAGCAAAUACAAUUUUAAGAAAGCACGAUGCUUACGUGAAAAACACAUUCAGAUACGAGUGACUUGCUCUUAAAGCCCGGUUGUUAGAGUUGCGAAAUGGGUUGUUUUUGAUCGCUAAAUUUGUUUGACAUUACCAGAAGACAUUACUUUUUAAGUAUUAUAAACUUCAAAAACUGCACUUUUGGCCAGCUAGAUUGGUUAAAUAUCCCACUGUGCGUCGAUUCAAUUUAUUGCGCAGCGUCACAGUAACAUACUGUGGCAGCGUGUUUACGUGUGGUGUGUCGUGUUUUAUUUUUUUUCUAAUUAUUACUUUUAUUUUUCACUUAGUUUCAUACGAUUACUCGCAUUACUUUUAUGUUAUACUUAUAAAUUUGUAAUAUUUUAAACUUUGAAUUUGUGUUACUUAGUAAUCUGAAUAUUAUUAGGUCGUCCUAAAAGUUCGUGCCAUUUAUACUUCUAUUUCUCAAAUUAAUAUGUGAAACAUACUCUUAAGUGUCACAAGAAAAGAUAAUCUGUUUCAUUUCACAAUAGUUUCUUACCUCUCUCACAUAGUCAUUAUACCGUUACUAGAAAAAUUCUGUGGUUUUUUAUUAAAUUUCGACACAGUCUUCAGCACGAACUUAUGGGACAACCUAAUAUUUUUACAAUUUAUAAAAUA